AUGUUGUUUGAUCUGCAAGUGAAAUUCAAGAAGCUCACUAUUGAACUUGAUGGAUCAGAAGAUCGAGUCUUAUUGUGGAACCAGAUAUCUAAAAAACUGGAACUGGUCGAGGAUCUUGUAAUCUUUUCCGGUAUGAAUCAGCUCACACCAGUUUUCGCUUCAUGGCCACAGAAUAUUAAUAUCACGAAUUCCGCUUGGUUCACUCUGGAACAUCUUUUAGCGUGCACUUGUACUAGAAUUACACUCAGCUGGACUCAUUUGGAAAACAAGGAUUUGGAAGUGAUACUUAGAAAAUGGAAGGCUGGAGGGUUCUCGAAUCUAGAAUAUCUGUACAUCGGAAGGCAAAAUAUUACAAAUAAUGGAGAACUGAUUUUGGGAAUGAAUUGGAGGGAAUUCGACGGAAUGGUCUUCCAAACUGAUGAUGGAUCAAAGAAGGCAACUAUUAACACUCUUUUCAGUAGUAUUGAAAUGUCUGUGACUCGAUUUGAAUAA